AUGGCUGAAAAGAAAUUCAAAGGGGCUCCGUUUGGCACGCAAACCGCAAGAUUUGAUGUGUCAGGGGUCCAUCCAGCGAGAAAGAAAACUGGAACGUACAUAGAGAUCCCCUACUGCAAGAGGAUGACCAGCGACCUGGAGCAGAACCUAGGCCCGGGAACAUAUGAUGUUAACAGAGAUGGUUUCAGUGCUCACGCUGUGGCAGAGAGGGCCAAAGGACCUGGCUGGCACCAAGCAUUUGUAACUGAAAAGAAAGCACAGAGACCCCAAAGACAAGCCUGUACCCAUAAACAGUUUCUGAAAACCAAAGUGGGCCCUGGCACCUAUGAAAGCACAGACUUCAUACAGGAGCUGGCAAAGAAGCCAGGUAGUUUCCAUGGUGUGUGCGGCAGUACAGGCCCAAGGUUCAGGGUGGUGCAGAGCUAUACCCCAGGGCCUGGCAGCUAUGGUAAGCAGGGUGUGCCAUGGGCAGCUUUGGAAAAGAAACGGGCACAGUUAGCCGGAUGCCUCAAGAUGGAGCACAGCAUCAGGAGAAAACAACUCCCUGGAGCAGAUUCAACAAAACAUUUUCUCUGUAUACAGGACAGUGGGCUAAGUCCUUGUGCUUACAAUCUCAGGGAUAGCAUUGAUAUUAUGUUGAACAAGAGGGUCAGUAAAAGAGGGCCCUAUGACCUAUUCACUGGGUGCUGGGACAAACCGAUGAUGUCUGGACACUUUGCAACUUCGAGGCAUGUCAGUCCAAAUCCUGGAGAUUACAAAAUAGACAGCUUUGUAGACAUGUUGAAUCGGAGGGAGAGGAAGAAGCAUGGAGUGUUUGGCAUGUUAGCUCAAUAUCCAUCCACACCUACAGAGAGGAUUUAUCACAGCAGCCUGGCCCAGUGUCUUCACCCUCCGAAUUCCCCUGCUCCGGAAGUGGUUGCUCUGGCUCGUCCUGUCAAUCACAAGCCUCCACCCUUCCUCUCUUCGGCCCCCCGCCAGACGAAACAGCAAGAGAGGCAGCUGAUUGGCAACUUUCGCACCAUUGGUCCUGCUUCCUACAAUGUUGAAGUAAAAGACCAGAAGAAAUACCUGAGAGGCCCCACGUCCUCCUUUAAAACCGGAACACUGCGAUAUCCAUCUCAGCCCGAACGGGACAAUAUGCUGCAGUAA